AUGGAACCCCCGCGUGAACUAGGGCUUUCUAGGCUUCUAUCGCGGCAAUUUAAGCGAUUUGCAACCUCAGUGGCUAUAAGAGACGAUGAGUGCCAUCUCUUGUACUCUCAGAUUCAUGCCAAAGCGCUAAAUCUGGCUUAUCAGAUCCGAUGUUUGCAAGUACAGACUCAAGUUCCGAUUGGGAUCCUUUCACCGAGAGGUAUAGAUCAUGUUGUUUCGCAGAUUGCUGUCAUAUAUGCUGGGGGAACGUGCGUUCCAUUAAACGUGAACCACCCUGACCAGUACUUGAUUGAUAUGCUGAAAAAUAUCAAUAUCUCCAUUUUGUUGACCGACCAAGCCAAUUCACACAGAUUGGAAGCCCAUGGAAUUAGUCAUAUUAUUGUGGACCACAGGUCGCUGCAUACCUUAGUAUGUGAGGAGCUCGGGCAGGAUGUAAUUGAUCUACAGCCGUCGCAAUAUCGGUCGCAUAUCUUUCAUACAUCUGGUUCAACAGGCCGUCCAAAGCCUGUGCAGGUGCUCGCCAGCGGAAUUAUCAACUACUGCCUUAAUGAAACGUUUGUUCCGGUCCAGGAGGGUCAGCAAUUUGGUCACCUGAGUAAUGUUACGUUCGAUGUGUCUAUCAUGGAGACACUUGGGUCUUUUCUCCGCGGUGCUACGGCAGUAGUGCUAGAUCGUGACACGGUGCUUGAUCCCGCUAGGUUAGUGAAACGUAUACGGGAAGAUAAGAUCGAUGUACUCUGGCAAACCCCAGCGCUAUUGGCUGCAACGAUCAAUACUUACCCACAGGCAUACAUCACGGUUGACACGCUUCUUACCGGUGGAGAGGUGGUGACGGCCCAGCUGGCGCGGAAAGUGCUAGAGUAUGGUCCACCGAGGCGGCUAUUAAAUCUUUACGGCCCGACUGAGUGUACUAUGUUCUCAACAUUCCACGACAUCUCAAUAGAAGAUGUAGAGAGGGGUAAUAUUCCUAUCGGGAAGCCGAUGGAUGGAUACGAAGUCAUAGUAGUGGAUGACAGCCUUGAUGUAUUACCCCAUGGAGAAGUUGGAGAAUUGAUAAUCGGUGGUAAAGGAGUCGCAGGAGGAUAUCUCAGCGAGCCCGAAAAGCCCGGCAAUGCAUUCAUCCAGCUGAGACACUUUUUUCCCAAUCGACAGGUGUAUCGAACAGGGGAUCUUGGACGGUGGAAUCCAGCUGGGUUGCUCGAAUUUGUAGGUCGGCGUGACAACCAAGUCAAAAUACGGGGUCAUCGUAUCGAACUUGAAGCAGUCGAGGCCAUCCUGAUGACGACGGGGUUGGUUUCAACGGCGGCAGCCGUAAAGAUAGACAUAGAUAGUAACAGUGACGCUGAGUCGCUUUUGCUAGCGUGUGUGGUACCCAUUUCUGAGGAUACGAAUCCAAUGACGAUCAGGCAGGCCUACACCAUGAAGGCACCCUAUCUCAUGCUGCCGCGAUUGGAAGCAGUAGACCAUUUGCCUCUGACUAAUACGCAUAAGAUCGAUCGUGGGAAGCUAGUUGAGCUAUACUCUAGGAGCCUAGGACAGAGCACGACAUCGACAUUGUAUGAGCCGGUAUCACCGGUUCAACAGAUUGUGGUGGAUGCGUUUGGAUCGCAAAUAGGGCCAGACGACAACUUCUUUGCGAUGGGUGGCUCCUCAUUACAUGCAGCCCGCCUGGUGUCUCGCGUGAAGGAGGACCUUGGUAUUCAGCUACGCAUCGCGAUGGUAUACGAACAUCCAACUCAACGAGAACUCAUGAGCCUUAUUGAGUCGCUGCGGAAAGGUGAGGAGUGGAUGGAUAAGAAUGAAACUCUUUGGCAGCCAGACCUGGAUCUGGGGAAGGAAUUGCGGCCAAUGCCUGGCCAUAUAGUAGACUGGACGAUUGAAAGCGAAGGGCACGUUUUCCUCACUGGGGCAACGGGGUUCAUCGGCGCCUUCUUGUUAAAGGAGCUUCUCCUCCGGUCAGAUGUUCAGCGAGUGGCGUGCUUGGUGCGUGCAGCAGAUGAGCUAGAAGCCAUUAAGCGCAUCGUGAAGGCCUUCGAUUGGUACGAACUUCGACCCUGUCACAUGGACAAGAUCUGGGCCAUUCCAGGGGACUUUUCCAAGGAAUAUCUAGAUCUCGGCCGCGAAACAUUUGAUUAUUUUGCAGAGUGGACGAGCAUCAUCUUCCACCUAGGAGCCCGCGUGAAUUGGAUCGAGCCCUACGAGCCUCACCGGCAGACGAAUGUCAUAGGGUUGUUGAACAUGAUUCGAUUCGCCAACACAAAGCGACCAAAGGCGCUCCAUUAUGUUUCGAGCACCUCUGUAUAUGGGCCCACGGGACUGUUGACUGGGACGACGUACAUCCCGGAAGAUGAGAAUCCCAAAUCUCACCUUGGGGCUUUGAAGUACGACACAGGAUAUUCGCAAAGUAAAUCCGUUGCCGAGACUAUUGCAUGGAAUGCGAUCGCCAACGGUCUAGCCGUGAUCAUUCACCGUCCCGGUUUUGUUCUUGGUCACAGCCAAACAGGGACUGGGAAUUCCGAGGAUUUCUUCAGCCGCGUAGUCCCUAGUUGUGUGGAUAUAGGCUGUUAUCCUGCACUCUCCGACCACCGCGAUGCCUUCGUGUCGGUAGACUUUGUUGUGUUGGCGCUCUUACACAUCGCAUCAUCCGAGAAGUUCUUCAGUCGAGCUUACAACCUUGUCGAACAUCACGAGGAAGCAAUGAUUUCCCUCUCAGAGAUUUUUGAGGGCAUAAGCGCAGCCCUUCCGGCAGGCUCCUUGGUCGAAGUUCCAUAUGGAGAGUGGGUGGAAAAAUGCCAGUCUCGAACUUAUGCAGAGACUGAGCACCCCUUGAAGCCACUCAUGCCGAUGUUGGAAGAAGCCAUUCUGGAUAACAAGACACGCUGGGAACUGCAGGCAAAAAUGCCAGUCGUUGGUACAGAGAACUUGCGGAAUGCACUCAGCACGAGCCCCGAUCUCCUUUGCUUUCCGACGAUACGGACUCUUUUGCCCAAGUAUAUUCGACACUGGCUCAAGAUGGGCUCCCAGGUCUGA